ACCCUCCUGCCCUCACUCAGAUCCUCGCUCACUCACUCACCGUGGAUGCUGUGCUCUUCCCGUUCGGUUUUAGUGUAAACGCGACGCUGAGGACCCCCACCACGGGCACGCCACCGCGACGCCAGUCCGCACUCAGUCAGCGCUGGACCGCCGCCCGCUCGAUUUCGAACACGUUUUCAAGUCCUCCGCGAACGCGGUUUUACCAUCGGGUAUAAAUCGCGGAUUGUAAAACAGACUUAAGGUGCUUACCUUUUCCCUUUUCUUUUCUAUAAGAUCUCAAACGAAGACGAACCGUAACCUCCUCGCUUAACUUGACCUCGUGUAAACUUCCCCUUGGUACUACGGUGACCUCCCACCAUUUUUGUCCCUGGGAUCAUUCGCACCUCCUCAGGAUUUCGUUAAACUCACAUCGACGUCACCGCCGGCAUCGAACUCAUCAUCGACCGAUCGACUUACGAUCGUUCCCAUCAUUUUUGACGGCCGGUACAGUCGACACGAAAAAUGAGUAAAAAUCGAAUUUAACGAUUUCGCCGAUUUUCUUUUUUUCACCAUCUUCCCAAAUACGAUCGUCCACGCUUAUUCUCGUGACUAUCAGCUCUUACGAUCCUUGAAUCCUCCGAGUGCUCCUUCCUGUCGUAACGAUUUCUCACGACCGACGUCAAAUCUCAUACAGAGGAUCGGCAGCGGAUUUUCUUCUCGGAUCGGUUCUUAUUGUUCGUCUAUGUGGAAUUUGGUGACCUGUGACCUUAACGAGCUCGAUUUAACAUUGAAGAUCGGUAAAGCAAUACUAAAACAAAGUGAAGUACGAUAAGUGAAGUGACUCGAGUAAAGUUUUGUAAAUACGGAGAUUUUGAAAAAACAAAAUUUUGACCGGUUUUUUUUUAACCAGUAAACUAUUUGGUUACACGGGAUUUUCGAUUUCCUCUCGAAUGCUCCCGUAUGGUGUUGCUCGUUCGUCAUCGAAGAAUCGAAUGACGGAAUUCAUGACGGUUCCAUACCAGUGCAUGUAUAUGUAUCUUAUAAUACCGAUACGAUAAAGUGCUGAGGUUGCCCGGACGUAUAUUGUCUCGUUGGUUAAACAGUGCUUGAGAUCAGUGUCGAAAUUUCUAUUGUUUCCUCUGCCCUGUGGAAAAUUCAAGAUUUCGGUACCGGAAGAGAAGAGAGUUGCCACGAGGAUGCGGAGACGCUGGUGAACGGAAGGCGAACGUUAGGUGACGGUCGCGGGAUCCGUAUUAGACAGAUUAUCCGUCCGUUUGGCAGAUACAAGAUUUAUUCGCGAUCAGGCUCUGACAUCGGGGAAAGACCUGGAGGCCGUAGGGAGAAUCGAAAAUUUCCGCAGGACGCAGAUGCCCCGAAGGAAACAGCACGCACCGCAACGCAUGAAAUGUAAGUAGUGGUCUCCGAACUUGCGAAUCGCAGAGAGCGAGCGCAGCGACGCCACGGCAGAACGGAGAAAUGCGCAGCAAACAGCAACCCAGGCCGUCAUUCCGGUGGCCGCAGCAACGCGGCGAUAACAUAACCGGUAAAUAUCACAACCACUUGACAUGGAAACUCUGCAGAGGCUCCUUCCUCACCAGCUGCGACAGUUACGCCUCCGCAUGCGCGAUCGAUCGACAUGGCGAUCAUCCGCAUGGCGAUCGACAUCUUAACGGGGAGGACGGUGUGGAGGGUUCAGGACCAGGUACGGAGCUCCAGGGCGAAGAGGGCGACUGCGCUGACGAGGACGGGCCCAUCAGUCCCAGCGAGAGGGGCUGCGCGCCCGUCGCUAAAGAGGAGGAGGAUGGCGAGGCCACCGACGAGGAAGACGAAGAGGAGCCUUCCGCAUCAACACCACCACCGAGUGCAUCGACGAGGCUCAACCCAGCCGCCCUGCGGGACACUGGACCGCCUGACAGGGAGCCAAUGAGUCCACGUUGUCCCUCGAGAGACUCUCGGGAAUCAUUCGGUCCUGCUACCGGAAGUCCCCCACCUCCUGCGCGAAGAAGCGCCAGUCCCGUUAGUCCAAGCAGUAUCGUGCCUCUACCCCUGGGGAGCCACCCUCUCCUGCCACCCCAUUCGGCAGCCGUCAUGGCGGCCUACCUUCAGCAGACGCAUCAGCGACUUCUUCUGGGGCACUCACCCCUUUCGAGGGGCUCGGUGUCGCCUUUGGUCUCGUCCUCGUGUUCGCCCCCGGCUGCGACCCCCGGACUCCUGGUGUCGCCCACGAGCGCCGGGGAGAUCUCACCCACGGCGACGCCCCUGCCAGGUGUUCUUGACUUCAGCACUAGGAAGGCUUCGUCAACGGAAGAUGACGAGGACGAGCAUAUACUGAACCUGAGCAAACCCCCGACGCCUUCCUCGUCCUCGGAAACGAACAAUGGACCCCUGGAUCUGUCUGUACCAGGACGUAAGCGUCCUGGACCCGAGGAUUCACCGCCGCCACCACCUAGAAAGUCAUCGAGACUCGCCACAGCAGCAGCUGCGCAUCAGGAAUCAGCAUCACCCUCAUCGUACAGCCGACCAGUCGUCUCCCCGUGGACGUCGCCGGUGGUCGCGUCGCAUUUCCCUUACUUCGCCGCGGCCGUCGCGGCGGCUACUAGUCAACAGCAGCUCUCGCCGAAGGCUUCCGGCGGGGUGGAGCACCAGCUUUGGAACGGCAAGAUGAAACCACCGGUCGCCCUGGAGAAGUCUUAUCAGCCCAGUGAAGCGACUAAGGCUUUGGAAAAGAUGAGCGAGCUCAGUAAACUCGGUGGCGAGGAUCUCUACAGGUCGGGAGGUGGUGGUCCAACUGGUGGUGGAUCCACGACAGCCACGAGCUCUGGCAGCAGUCGUCACAGUGCCUGGCAGUCGCACUGGCUGAACAAGGGCGCCGAUCAGGCCAAGGACGUACUAAAGUGUGUCUGGUGCAAGCAGAGCUUCCCUACCCUGGCGGCCAUGACGACGCACAUGAAGGAGGCCAAGCACUGCGGUGUAAAUAUGCCGGUGCCACCAUCUCCGUCCAGUCUUCACGGGCAGCAACCACCGAUUCAAAACAUUCAACCACCUCAGCAUCAAUCCCAGACGUCGACGAGUGGGGGCGGGGCCGGCGGGACACCAAGCAGCAAGCAGAGUCCCUCUGAGCUGAACCUUCUGAUCAAGGAAACUAUGCCGUUGCCAAGAAAGCUUGUGCGCGGUCAGGAUGUAUGGCUUGGCAAGGGCGCAGAGCAGACGCGACAGAUCCUAAAGUGCAUGUGGUGCGGUCAGAGCUUCCGUUCCCUUGCAGAGAUGACCUCGCACAUGCAGCAGACCCAGCACUACACGAACAUCAUCUCCCAGGAGCAGAUCAUCUCUUGGAAGUCAUCGGACGAGAGUAAAGGCGGCGGUGGAGGCGCUGGAGGAGGAUCCGCCGGUAGCGGCGGCGGAACCGGUGGUGCACCUCCCGGUGGAGGCAGUAGCGGUCACGGAGGAGGUGGUCCCGGAAGCGGUGCCACUAGCAGCCACGUGAGUGCCGUUCUAACCUGCAAAGUCUGCGACCAAGCGUUCAGUUCGCUCAAGGAACUCAGCAAUCACAUGGUCAAGAACUCCCACUACAAGGAACACAUAAUGCGCUCCAUAACGGAGAGUGGAGGACGCCGAAGACAAACUCGGGAGAAGCGGAAAAAGUCUUUACCGGUGCGCAAGCUCUUGGAACUCGAGCGGGCCCAGAAUGAGUUUAAGAAUGGUGAUGCCGGGGCGAUCGGUAUCGGUCAUGCCCUGGGCAAGCACGCCGGUCGCAUAACUUGUGAAAAGUGCGGUGAAAAGAUCGAAACCACCAUCUUCGUGGAACACAUAAGACAGUGCAUCGGUGCCGGGGCAGUGGGUCUGAGCCAACGGAACUUUCUGAAAAACGCACUGAUGUCGAAUCACGUGGCGCCCAUGGUACCGUCCCAAGAGAGUGGACGUAAAAGCGUGAACGAGGAUGCGUCGUCGGUCUCGUCGAGGCAUCAUCGUUCGCCAUCGUCAGCGAGCGACGCCACGACACCUGGAAAGGAAACGCCUACGCCGACGGGUAACACCGAGAGCACCAGCUCCUCUUCGCCUUCCGUACUCAACGCCAUAGAGAAGCUCAUCGAGAAGAGCUUUGACUCACGAGUCAGGCAUGGCGCUGCGGCGGGACUUCAUCAUUCCCAAACCGGUGCCCCGAUGGGGUCUAGUAUACUGAAGCGUCUGGGCAUCGACGAGAGCGUUGACUAUACGAAGCCUCUUGUAGAUCCUCAGACAAUGAACCUCCUGCGUUCCUAUCAGCAGCAGCAGCAGCAGCAACACUAUAAUUCAGCUGCAGCGGCGGCGGCGGCGAGAAGAGAACGAAGCGGAAGUGAGUCGAGCUCGAUAUCGGAACGAGGCAGCGGCCGGACCGACGCCAUGACACCCGAGCGUCGACUUGAUCUAUCCGCGGGCCACGAUAGGUUGUCGCAUUCUCAUACCCAUCCGCAUCAUCAUCGAGUCACGCCCGACAAGCAACCUCAGCAGAUCCCAGGGUCGCGUCAUCAUCCCACGACGGAAGAGUCCGGAGACGAGGAACCUGUCAUUAAGAAGGAGCCACGUGAGGAGGAGCCGGACGGUGCUGGUGGCGAGGAUGACCCCUCGCCUCCCAGUAGAGAGGUCGUCGUCAAAAAGGAGAUCGUGGACGAUUGCCGAGAGGAUGACGACAGUUAUAAUCACCAGAGAGAGUCCACGGUGGCCGAGGACGGUAGGGAUGGUCUGUCUCCGCCUGCGAAUCCGCCAACACCCAGGACAACCGGUCCAGGUGAGCAGGUACCCAGGAGUCCAUGCAGAAACAGCACCAGCAGUCCAGCCAGCAGCGAUCGUUCAGUUACACCAAGAGGCACUCCAGACACCAAGGCGUCCAGCAGUCUCGGUGCCCUGUCCUCCAUGUUCGACAGCCUCUCCGGAGGAGGUGGACCUGGUGGAGGUUCCGGUAGCACGGGAGACUCCCAAGGACGUAAAACCAGUAGUCAUCCCUUAGCAGCCCUUCAGAAACUCUGUGACAAAACAGAGACGCGAGGAGGCAGCGGUUCCAGCAACGUCAGAGCGACUUCCGGAGCCGCUACGUCCAUCGGGCCAGGUAGUGGUAGCGGAUCGGUCACAGCAGGUCCAGGACCAGCACCAGGUGCCAUUCUCGCGUUCAGUUGGGCCUGCAACGAUGCCGUCGUCACGGCCGACUCCAUAAUGAAGUGCGCCUUCUGCGACACACCCUUCAUCUCAAAGGGUGCCUACAGGCAUCAUCUCUCGAAGAUGCACUUCGUCAAGGAUGGCGUUAUUCCCGACCCCCUGACCGUGGCACGUUCCUCGGCGGCGUCGUCUCAGCCGCCCUCAGGUGGUGGUGCCGGUGGCUCCAACAACGGUAGCGGCCCUUCCGGUCCCAGUCGCAGCUCCCUGUCACCGCCAUCCCAACGCAAUAAGUCACCGCCGUUGAAUCAGACGAACGGCAGUCCAUCCCAGCCGACGACGUCGCCCCUCGAGGAGUCGCCGCACUCGAAAUUUCUCAAGUAUACGGAACUGGCCAAACAAUUGUCCAGCAAGUACGUAUAGUCCGAGCACCGCAAUGGUGGCGCCACUUGUACAUAAAUGUAUCUAUAUAUAGCGUGGAGCAUAGCUGCGAAUAAUCUAACCGCGUAACGCGAUCGCGAUGACGACAGUGACGACGACGAUGACGACAGUCAAUGACACUGACGGACCAACUGCGACGACAACGACGACCAUCACGGUUCCUGUAGCUUUAACAGAGACGAUUGAUCUUCAUGACGAAGACUGAAGAAGCUCAUCGAACGAACGAGAUGAGGUCGGUUUUUUUUGUUAUCUGGUUCGUCGAACCACUCCGUGACCGUAACCGUGACCUGACCGUGACCCCUGAGCGCGUAUCGCGUCUUGUCAUUCCUGAGUACGCGCACGAAUAGCGUGCGCGUCCACGUAGCGAGUCUCCGAAAGUGCGCGCGAAUUAACGAAAAGACGAGAAUACAAAGGAAAAGGAAGGAACGGCCGAAGGGAAAGGUGGUUAACAACCCCAAAGACCCUUCGCGCGCCUUGAUCCUUUUUCUCGUUCCCUUCGCCUUCACUUUGUCAUCCUCUUUCUUUCAUUUACUUAGUCACUGCUCGCUUUACCCCCGAAUUUCUCCAUCACCUACUCUUUUUUCCGUCUUCGCGUAAAUUACGAAGACGAAAUCAAAAUGGCGAGCCAUUCUAACGGAUGAGGGGAACGAGAAAAUUCUCGAUUGCGCGAUUUAGUACCUACCUACCUAUAAUAGUUCAUUAGCAUUAGAGGGAGACGAUGAUGUUAUGAAUAAUGAGAAGUAGAAAGAGAGAGAGAGAGAGAGAGAGAGAGAGAGAGAGAGCGAGUGAAUGAGUGAAGAAAUUAUGAGAAACGAAGAGAGCGCGACGGAACGUGAGUAAGAGAGAGAAAGAGUUAGAGACAGAGAAACAUUAAUUAAUUGUGAUGCCACCAUAUCUCGCGGCACUGCUGAGUCACGGGGCUCGGCACACGCCAAGUUUGUGAUUUUAUAAUAAUUCUUAAGGAGUUAAAACAAAAAUGAAAAAAAAAUAAAAACAUUGAAUUCGACUAGAAAAAAAAAGGCUUUGAAACUAUCACACAACACAACACACGUCGAUCGAUCGUCAGCAUGUAUACCUUCUAGGUUUUAAGCCACUAGAUGUAGGUUAGGUUAGGUUAGGGCCUCUGUAAAGGAAUCUCUUUGUUGAUACUUAUAGCAGGGAACUGGUACCUGGGGUACCGUGUAUCUCGGCUACGUAGCUACGUACCAAGCAACAUACGUCUUUACGUCCCGUCGAGUAGAUGACGUUCCGCAAAAACCGGUGAGAGAGAGAGAGAGAGAGAGAGAGAGAAGCAAAGGAAAGAGAAUGAAAACGACAGGCUAGUGGUAAGAGAGGGAAGAGGACGCACAGUGCGCGAGAGUGAGAGACUGCUAGAGGGAAUGCGAGGAACCGAGUGUGUGAGAGAGAGAGAGAGAGAGAGAGAGAUUGCGAGCGAGAGGGUGGGAGGCUGAUAGGACGAGAACAAUUGGGCAAUGGUGGGGGAGUAGGGAGGGUAUAGUGUGCACGACGGUGCAAUAUUCGAAGUUUAUUAUUGCGACUGUACUAUACGUAGGUACAUGCGAGAGUAAAAAAAAGAAACAAUUGUGUAAAACAUUGUAAAUUUUAUUUGUUUAAAAAAAAAAAGUAUUUAUUGCGCCGAUUUUCAAGCCAUGCGUCACAUUGCGUGUAAAAUAUUGUCAUUACUGUCAUUCGAGUUAUUAUUACGAUAUUGUGUAUAUUAUUAUAUUAUUGUAUUAGGGGAGAGAGAAACAAAAUGGGGGAAGGGUGAUAUUUGAAAAGGCGUACGCUGAUUUUACCGAGGGGACUGUAAUGAUGAGUAUGGGAGCGGCAGAGAGAGAAAGAGAGAGAGAGAGAGAGAGAGUGAAGUGACGUUUGAAGAUGAGUGUAUGCGUAUGAGAGAGAGAGAGAGAGAGAGAAUAUGUGCUUUGUGCAUCUUUGAGCGUAUGUGCAAUGAGUAUGAGAUUGGAUAUGGGAAAAUGCUAAGAGAGAAUUGAGAGUGGCGAUGUUGUCCCCUGAGUGGGAGAGAGAGAGGGAGAGAGAGAGAACACACACACACUUGUAUACGUAUUUCUUGUAAACUCUAAUUCUUCCAUCGCGGACUUUAAAAAAGUAUUUAUCAACAUAAUAAUAAUAUUAAUAUUAUUAUUGUAAUUAUAUACGACUGCUGAGAGUGUGAUGAAACGAGGAACACAAAGGGAACGAAGACACGAGAUAAAAAAAAAAACACUCCGACACCGAUACACGAGAUACCGAACACAUCCCCUCACGACACGGAAAACGAAAAAAAAAAAAAGAAAACCCACAAAAUAAUGCAUCAUGUAUACGCGACUCUUGAAACCAUUUUACCAGAUUUGUCAUUAUUUAAUUAUUUCGGUUGUAUUUUAAAAU